GAAAGUUGAAACCCAGUCCACAAAUUUGACCCUUCGUGCCACUUAAAUGCAUGCCGGGUUGUAUUAGCUGGGGAGACCAAUGAAGUUCUGCUUCAAUCCCACACCCAAGAGCCGCAGCAAAGGUCUCCUCUGCAGCUGCAGCCCCGUUAGUGGGAUAUAAUCCUCUUGAUUUUUGCCUCCUCGGCUAAGUAGUUGUUGUCAGCGAUUCGAUCCAUUUGCAUCCGCUUCCCAUCCAGGGUCAUGUCAUCCUAUGAAUCCAGCCGUUGAAUGUAGCGAUGCGAUGGAUGACCGAAGCUUGCAUUAUCUCGGUUAAAAAAAGAUCUCAUCUGCCUUUUUUAUUCUUCGUAUCGUGCCGCAUACGCAUAAACUUUUCCCAGCCGCAAACCUUAGAGAAAACCCGACACGACCACAUACAUAUAUCAUCUACAAGAUGACCUCGUCUCUCGCCCGAGAUCUGGAGAAACUGAACCUGGGCGGUGGUGCACCACCGCCCAGCAAGGCCUCGAAGAACCUCCGCCCGCAGCGGAAGAAAGGCAAAGCGCCGAUCGAGCCCUUCCGGUUCUUCGACCUGCCCUCGGAGAUCCGCCUGCGCGUGUACCACUACGUGCUCUUCACGCCGAAGCGGCGGCGGACGCAGCGGGCGGCGGGCAGCGUGGGCGCCUCGUCGAAGAAGAACCCGCCGCUGGCGCCGGCGUCGCACCGGAUCGCGCUCUUCCUGGCGUCGCGGCGCCUGCACGGCGAGGCGGCCGACUACUUCUACGCGACGCAGGUGUUCCGGCUCUUCCACCUGCAGGACUACUCGAAGAUGCCGACGGUGCGGGCGAUCGCGCCGCAGUACCGGCCCUCCAUCGCCACCAUCGAGCUGAUCCUGGGCUCCAGCUGGACCGACCCCCCGACCGCGUGGCGCGUCACCCCGGCCCUGGGUCUGGAGGAGAUGGUCCGCAUCCGCACCCUCAAGGUCUUCCUCGAGGUCGACCCCUCGCACCCGGUCUUCGAGGGCUUCCGCAUCUCCCGCGACUUCUACACCAACUUCUCCGGCAACAUCCUGCACGAGGUCCUGGCCCGCCUGCCCAACCUCGAGUACGUCGAGUUCGACGGCUGGCCGUCCGUGCGGAAGAGCGGCGGCCUGAUGAAGCGCCUGCUGCACGAGGCGCGCGCGGCGCACAAGAAGAUCGCCUGGGGCCCCGAGCGCGGGUGGACGGACUACGACGGCGAGGAGUUCGACGAGGACGCCUACGGGCUCAAGGCGCAGGAGGCCAAAGCGGAGGAGCACCGGGCACAGCAGCUCGCUCGCUUGAAGGCCAUGAUGCCUGCGGGCUUCAUACCCGAGACGCUCAUGCCGGAGACGGCUACGGUUGUCGAAUCAUGAUGAGAGACGAUUUGAUACAUAUACACACAUGCAUAAAUAUCGUACGAUAUAAGCCGACUCGGACGAGGCGGAUGGAUGCUGUGGGAUGUGCUCAACACAUAGGGACGUUCUUUGCAUCAUAGAUUAGAUCUUUUAGAUUGGUUAGCGAUUUCAUGGUUUACGCCUGG